AUGAAGGCAGCCGAACCGAAGCUUGUCUCGCGGAUUCGCCCCGUUAUAUGUACGACAUCUCGUUCCACGCAUUUCUCGACCGCAGAGGGUUUUGCAAGAACCCCUAGAGUCCUCGUCCGUAAGUCCGCGGCCGGCUCGAGUCUCGGAUCCCUAACUCUGGCCCGAUCGAGAGGGAUGGCGCCGACGGUGUCUCGCUUCGUUCUCCUCCUCUUGUUGCUUUCGAUUGUCUCCUCCACAGCACGCUCCGAUCUCGUGAUCUCGAGGGUCGAUCGACGGAUUGAUUUGACUUCUCACAUCGUACGAGUCAUCUCCACAUUAAAGGUAGAGAAUGUUGGUGCUGGUGCUGUCUCUGAGGUAUUGCUGGCCUUUCCCAAUAAUCAGGCAGAAAACCUGGCAGCUAUAAAGACAAUAUAUAUUGAAGGAAAAGGAAAAGGACAAGGGUCUAGUAGUAGUCUGCCUACCACACGUGUUGAGCCUGAAGGGGUGCCCCCAGAAUUGACUUUUUAUUCAGUAUCGUUACCAAAAGGAUUGGAGAAGGGGGAGACUGUGACUUUGGAUGUCUUGACUGUAUUUACACAUUCUCUAAAACCAUUUCCUGAGGAAAUUACUCAAGCUGAUGUACAACUUGUUCUAUAUCAGGAUAGCGCGCACUACUUGUCACCUUAUGCUGUUAAGGUUCAGACACUUGGUAUCAGAUUGCCUAGUCGAAGGGUUGAAUCAUAUACAAAAUAUCCCAAUACAAAACUUGUGGAAUCAGAAAUUAGAUAUGGGCCAUAUGAAAAUGUCCCUGCCUUCUCUUACUCACCUAUAGUGGUUCAUUUUGAAAACAACAAUCCUUUUGUAGUUGCUCGAGAACUAGUGCGAGAGAUAGAGAUUUCGCAUUGGGGUAAUGUACAGGUUACCGAACACUACAGCCUUGUUCAUGGAGGUGCCGGGACAAAAGGAGGAUUUUCUAGGAUUGAUUAUCAAUACAGACACUCAAUAAGUGGAAUGUCAUCAUUCAGGCAUCUUAUUGCACGGUUGCCACCAAGGGCUCAUUCAAUUUAUUAUAGAGAUGAAAUCGGCAAUAUAUCAACAUCACAUGUGUGGGGUGAUUCUAGAAGGACACAACUUGAAAUUGAACCCAGAUUUCCAGUAUUUGGUGGGUGGAGAACAUCCUUUACCAUUGGCUAUGGUUUGCCAUUGCAAGACUUUCUAUUUGAGUCAGAGGGAAAACGAGUCCUUAAUAUCACAUUUGGCUGUCCCAUGGCUGAGGUUGUCAUUGAUAAUCUAAUUGUCAAGGUUGUUUUGCCUGAAGGUUCGCAGGCUAUUUCUGUUUCUGCUCCAUUUCCUACCAAGCAAUGGGAAGAGAUAAAAUAUUCACACCUGGACAUCAUUGGAAGACCUGUGGCUGUCCUGGAAAAGAAUAAUAUUGUUCCUGAGCAUAAUUUGUAUUUUCAGGUGUAUUACAAGUUCAACAACCUGUCACUGCUUAGAGAGCCAAUGAUGCUGAUUUUUGGCUUCUUCUUCCUAUUCAUUGCUUGCAUUGUGUACAUGCAUACUGAUAUAUCAAUCUCCAAGUCUUCUGCUUCGUAUCUGGCAAAACUGCAGUGGGAUGAGGUGCAGGCAACAGUUCAGCAGGUCCAGAAUAUUAUCAGCCGCUCUUUGGCAGUCCAUGACAGGCUGGAGGCAUCAUUACGAGAUCUCUCAAGGACAGGAGAUGUUCAAUCCUGUAAGGCAGCCCGUAAAGCAGGUGAUGGGCAGCUUAAAGAAUUGGCCAAAGAAUUGAAGCCCUUGUUGGGAUUUUUGCAGUCAUCUAUGCAGGCUUCGCAGAUAUGGCCUAAGGUAGAGGAUCUGGUAGUGAAGGAGAAAGAAAUGCAAGAGAAGCUGAUGCUGAGACACUCUACUGUAGUUGACUGCUUUGAGAAGAAGCUAGGUGGCCGAGAAAUUGAGAAUCGGAUUGCUUCCCAGCAGCAGAAACUUUCAGCAUUGAGGCAAGAGGUUGAUGAUCUUCUUGAGGUCAUUGAUGAGAUCUAGAUGAAAUAUCCAUUACGUUAUGAGUUUUAACCCUGUUGUGAGAUCCGGCUUAGGAAUUCUGGCGUGCUUUAUAGGGUGUUUGAAUGGUCUCUGAAAAUGAUCACUAUAUUUACCAUCAUGCUCUUCAUUUGCAUGCUUGCUGAAAUAUUUCCACACAAAACUUUUGCCUAUUUAGCGUAUUGAAAAUGCCUUGUUAAUGAACAUUUUAAACUUCAUCGGUUACUGAGAA